CACAACUUCCCCGGAGGAUGCCGCUGACCGUGCAGUGGCCGUUCCCAGCGGAGCCAUCGAAGCGCUGGGCCCUGGCGAGCCGCUUGGUCACGGGCCUGGUGGGCACCUACAGCUGCGUGUGGACCCGUUACCUGAACCGGCUGCGGGUUCACAACGCCGAGGUUCUGCACGAGCUGGUGGAGAGGAGGGGUCCCGAGACCCCCCUGCUGACCCUGUCCAACCACGCCUCCUGCAUGGACGACCCCCACCUUUGGGGGUCCCUGAAGCUGCGCCACGUCUGGAACCUGCACAGGAUGCGCUGGACCCCCACGGCCGCUGACAUUUGCUUCACUCGGGAGCUGCACUCGCUCUUCUUCAGCCUGGGCCGCUGUGUGCCCGUGUGCCGCGGGGACGGCGUUUACCAGCGGGGGAUGGAUUUUAUACUGGAAAAACUCAACCAGGGAGACUGGGUGCACGUGUUCCCUGAGGGUAAAGUGAACCUGGGCCAGGAGGUCGCUCGCUUCAAGUGGGGUAUCGGGCGGCUCCUGGCCGAGUGUCACCGGGACCCCGUGAUCCUCCCGCUGUGGCACGGGGGGAUGAGCGACGUCCUCCCCAACUGCCGACCCUACGUGCCCCGUGUGGGGCAGCACAUCACGGUGGUCGUGGGGCGCCCGUUCAGCGUCCGGCCCCUCCUGGAGCGGCUGCGCAGCGAGGGGACCCCCACGGUGGGUCUGGGGUCUGGGGGGGCCGGGACCCCCACAUUUGGGGGGCCUGACCCAUAGAUCUGGGGGGUUCUGACCCAUAGAU